CCCCGCCAGGCCGCACAUGCUCGCUGUGCCCGACAUGGCGGCGCCCAUGGCGGGGCCGCGCCAGCGCCGGCCGGGCCGGGACCGAGCCCCGGGAGCAGCUCCCGAUCCAUCCCCCGCUGCAUCCCCCGGUUCCCCCGGGCCGGGGCUCGGUGCCGCGGCUUUGCUGCUCCCCCCGGGCACCUUCUGGCUGACCCGCAUCGUGCUGCUGCGCUCCAUUGCCUUCCUGUACUCCGUGGCCUUCCUGGUGGCUCUGCACCAGAACAAGCAGCUGAUCGGCACCAAGGGGCUGCUCCCCUGCAAGCUCUACCUGCAGGACAUCCAGAGGUACUUCAAGGGCACGAUUGGCCUGGACGCCCUGAGCUAUGCCCCCACCGUGCUCUGGUUCCUGGACUGGUCAGACAUGGACAGUGUCCUGGACGGGCUGGCGCUGGCGGGGCUGGCAGGGGCAGGGUUCGUGCUGGUGACCGGCUGUGCCAACAUGGUSCUCAUGGCCCUGCUGUGGCUGCUCUACCUCUCCCUGGUCAACGUUGGACAGAUCUGGUGA